CCCCACGUGAAACGCAGUCGCCAGAUUGAGCACCGCCGCCGACGGCGUUAUAGGGGCGUCGUUUCUGCUUGCAAUGUGUAUCGUGUAGGCGUUGGCGAGGCGGAGGCGAAAAGUUCGCGGCGGUGAUGUGUCCGUGAGAAGAACCGGUGGCUUCCUCGGCGUAGGGUCCGGGUCGCACGUGGAUCUGCCGCCAGGCCGCGCGAUCGCCCGGCGAAGCGAGCACCGGGAGGGAGCUUUGCGACGCGAGGGCGCCGACACCCGAACGCCACGGCCACGUAGGGGCCGCCCGUCGGAUUCCGCCGCCGUCUCCGCAGGCGUCCGGGCACCUCGAGCACGGUUCGAGGACGACCGUGGGCGCGACCUCGGAGGAAUUUCGGCCUCGUGAAAUGUGCGCCGCCGCCUCGGCGAGGGCACCUUCCGCCCCGGCAGGACUCGGCCGGUCGCGUCACCUGGGUCCGGAGGGCCCGACGAGCGGCUGAACCAUUCGAGCCCGAUCCGCUCACCAAAUCGGCCGCGACGCCACCCUGGCUGCAGCAGGCUGCAGCAGGCUGACAUGGACAUAGACGAGUGAGGGAGAAGGGAGGCGACACGCUUCGGAAUUGCCGAAAAUCAGCGGGGCGCCGAGAGCGAGUUUCCGCGACUCGGACCAAAGCGCGCGGAUUAUCUUAACUCUCUGGAAUGUAAGGGGGACCACCUUGGCUGCGAAAAACUCCGGACGAGGUGAGGACAUCCGCCGCACGGGAGCGAAUACCAAGGAUCAGCUGGUAUGUCAAGCAAUCAGCUGGUGGAUUCCUGUCUACGUGUUCUUCAAGAGAAAGGCCCCGACAUGCCCCAGUACACUGGACAGAGCGACACCGAUUACCAUGGGAGUAACGGACAAGCGGACACUCAUUCUUUGCACUCGUCCCACCUCUCGGUGCAGGAAGAUCCCCUUCUUAUCCGGACCCACAAACAACAAACCUCCCAGCAAGUAACCACCGUGACCAAGGUCGUGAGGGAGGUCUCGCACAUGGAGCCAGACCCUGGAGCCGUGAGCUACAUGUCGGUGCCUCUGAUGUCCCAGGAGUACCAGCACGCGGACCCGCGAUACGCAACGGACCCCUACAUGGUCAGCUUCGACCACUACGACCCUUACCUGGGAUACCCGCCCCAGCCCGGGUACUCGGGGCCGCACGGGAUCUACAUACAGAGGUCCCACUCACCUCACAGUCCGCACAGUCAGUCGGAGCACAGCCACGCCUCUCCACCACACGAGUACCUGCGGAAAGGCGCACCCUACCUGGAGAGCGGUUACAACGACAUAGAUCCUGGACUGAACCCUGGACUGCAGGAUCAUUAUCGCAUAACUUCGAGCCCCGGUGGACAUGGCGAUCAGUACGACCAAAUCAGCAACUCCUGGAACAUGGAUGACUCGGGCGAGCCCUCUCAGCAUCACGACGAGGGCAAGGUGGCCUACGGGUACGUGUCCCCUUCGCCGUACGGUCCCGUGGGAUAUGGACCGGCCGUGGGCGUGGGCCCCGUUCCGGUUCCGGGAGACGUUCCCGGCUACGACGAAGGACAUCCCGUGGCUCUGCCCACGGGAGUACCUCCGGGAAUGUUCGAGGACGACGUCCACCUGCAACGGCUCCAGGCCAGACACCCGGGAGUCCCAGGGAUGGCCAGCCCAUUGGACGACGAUCAAAAGUCCAUGCGAUGGAGGGACCCGAACCUCUCCGAAGUGAUCGGCUUCCUGAGCAAUCCCAACAACAUAAUCAAAGCGAACGCGGCCGCUUAUCUGCAGCAUCUCUGCUACAUGGAUGACCCCAACAAGCAGAAGACGCGUAGCCUCGGCGGCAUUCCGCCCUUGGUCCAACUUUUGGACCACGAUAGCCCUGACGUCUACAGGAACGCGUGUGGCGCUCUCAGGAAUCUCUCAUACGGCAGGCAGAACGACGAGAACAAACGCGCCAUCAAGAAUGCCGACGGGGUCCCCGCGCUUAUCAACUUGUUGCGAAGGACCUCCGAUGCCGACGUCAAGGAACUCGUCACGGGUGUUCUCUGGAACCUGUCCUCCUGCGAAGACUUGAAGAGAUCCAUCAUCGACGACGGCGUGACGAUGGUGGUGAACAACAUUAUCAUCCCCCACAGCGGCUGGGACCCCAGCUCUUCCAGUGGCGAGACCUGCUGGUCGACCGUCUUUAGAAAUGCCUCCGGAGUCCUCAGAAACGUCUCCAGUGCCGGCGAGUACGCGAGGAAGAAGCUGCGAGAAUGCGAUGGUCUCGUCGACGCUCUGCUCUACGUGGUACGCUCCGCCAUCGAGAAGUCGAACAUCGGCAACAAGAUCGUGGAGAAUUGCGUAUGCAUCCUGAGGAACCUCAGCUACAGGUGCCAAGAAGUGGAGGACCCUAACUACGACAAGCAUCCCAUCCAAUCCGCCGUGCAGAACAGGGUAGCCGCACCUGCCAAAGGUGAACAUCGGUGCAGUUUUCUUCGUGAGAAUUUGGGUUGCUUCGGAGGCAGCAAGAAGAAGAAGGACGGCCAGGUCGUUCAGAAAGAGACGACCACCGCGAGGACCACCAACCCCCGAACGGAGCCCGUCAAAGGAAUGGAGCUUCUCUGGCAACCGGAAGUCGUCCAGUCGUACUUGAGUCUACUUCAAUCCUGCUCGAAUCCGGAAACGCUCGAGGCCGCUGCGGGAGCUCUUCAGAAUUUGGCAGCCUGCUACUGGCAGCCGAGCAUCGAAAUCCGAGCUGCCGUUCGGAAGGAAAAGGGACUUCCGAUUUUGGUCGAGCUGCUGAGGAUGGAGGUGGAUCGAGUGGUUUGCGCCGUUGCUACGGCAUUGAGGAAUCUGGCGAUAGACCAGCGCAAUAAGGAGCUAAUAGGGAAAUACGCGAUGAGGGAUCUCAUCCAGAAGUUACCGUCUGGGAAUGCCCAGCACGACCAGGGCACCAGCGACGACACCAUCGCCGCAGUCCUCGCGACAUUGAACGAGGUUAUCAAGAAGAACGCCGAGUUCUCGAGGUCGCUACUGGACGCCGGCGGGGUAGAAAGGCUCAUGAAUAUCACGAGGCAACGACAAAAGUAUACGCCUCGUGUUCUCAAAUUUGCCGGACAAGUAUUAUUCACGAUGUGGCAGCACCAAGAGUUACGAGACGUUUACAAGAAACACGGGUGGAAGGAACAGGACUUCGUUACGAAAACCGUGGCCGCGCGAAACUCCGGCCCGAAUUCACCGAACAAUGCCAAUAGUUACGAUUGCAGCACCUUGAAUCGACCAAUGGCAAGUCAAGGCAGCACGCGGUACGAAGAUCGAACCAUUCAGAGGGCCAACCAGAAUUCUAACAAUGUUGGACGACCAACGAUGUAUCCACCUCAAAACGAGGAGAUUACAGUGUCUGAUAUGCAGUAUCCCAAACAAGGAACACACGCGCCACCCGCAGGAGGCGUUUGCGUAUUCCCAACAAACCCCCAGCCAAAACCCGGUGAGCCGCUCUACGCGCAAGUCAACUUGGAGAAGAAAAAGAAACGGCAGUAUGAGCUGGGGGUGGUGGGCGGUCAGGGUCAGGCGCAGGUGGUGGGCGGUCAGGGCCCGGUGGUGUCGGCCUCCCAGUGGGUCGGGGUCGGCGUCGGGGUCGGGGUCGGGGUCGGGGACGGGAUCGGAAUCGGUGGCCAGGAAGCUCCCGUCCCGACGGUCAGCGUCCCGCCGAGUUCCACCGCCGUGUCGGCCGGCGAUUCCUGGGUCUAACUCGGCGUCGCGACGCCCGACGAGGUUUCGCCGAAGACGCGGGAGAGGAGGGCGAUCGCCGACCGGCAGUGGAACUUCCGGCGCUCGGUGGAUUCUCGGAGUCGACUUCCGUCCCGCCGCGCGACCGGGAAGCUCGUCCGGCCACAUCCGCAGCAGUAGGCGCGCACCAAUGGCUCUAACUUUAAUAUGCACGAUUCUAAAUUAAUUUUUACGACGACGCCGGCACCGGCUUUACUGUAUUCACGCCACUCGUGCAGAGGCUAACCGCCUACCGGUUGAACGCGCGGGCACGUUGUACGGUCCAUCUCGACAUGUAUCGGUAGCGAUGCGGCAGGGUCUCUCGUCCACCGACCCUGGUGUCGCUGGUCCACUCCGUCUUUUUCUAAUUACAAUUUUAUCUCGAGGAACUUUCUUGGACGCGAGAAAACCGGCUCGACCUCGGCUUAAACGUUUUUUCUAUUUAAUCUGUCCCUACUUUUCUAUGGGCGGACGUAGGACGAAUCCAGACCCUACUGGGUCCAUGCGAAUAUAUGCACGUUACGUACGUAUGGAUACAUAAACCGAUAAGUAUAGUAUAUACCACGACUUAAACGUAAACUUCCGAGGCUGUGGGUGUGGCAAAGGAUGUGAACCCGCGAAAGCGCUCCGUUUGCAGCAUCCUACGUAAUAUACAAAUUUUAAUAACGAUUCUUUAUCGCGAGCGAAUGCGAGAAACGAGAGAGCGAGUGACCGAGAUAAAUAAGAAAUAUUAUUAAUGGCGAGAGCACGCGUGACGAUUAUUAGUUGUAAUUAAUUCGCGACGUCGAGACCCUCGAGAAGUACACCUGUAGAAAAAUAUGCGCGACCGAGAAGGGAAAAUAUUUGUCGUUAUCGAACGGUUACGAGAUGCGUAUUAAAAAAAAAUAGCCCGUACACCUAACAAAGUACACACUUAUACAUAUAUAUAUAUAUAUUAUAUAAAUAUAUAUAUACUCGUGUUCUAUUUCUUGAAUAAUAUUACGAUAGUUGAAAGUUGUUUAUGGAAUGACUGGACGAGGGAGAGGAUGUACAGGGAAUGAAGGGGGACGUACGGGGAAAGAAAUAGAAGCGGGGAGAGGGAGGGAGAGAGAGAGAAAGCCACUAGUAAAGGAGAACCGUGCGGCAGGUUGAGGAAUGCGAUUUUAUACAUAUUAUACAUAUUGUUGCACCCGGUAUUAAUCAGACUCUAAUAAUUAUUUCCGCGAAUUACGUACCGCGAUCGGAGGAUCGUGAAAUCCCCGUUUGACCGGUUGGCAGAUAUUAAUCGUCCUCUGUUGUAAUGAAGGCUUUAAAUCGAGAUACUUUAAGGACAUGGCGUAUAGAUAAGGUUGGCACGAGGAAAGAGGAUGCGAAGACAAAUGCGUUGAUGUGCUCGAACGAAGCGAUUAACUCUGAAUAAUUGAUCUCGGAAUCCGCUAGGCUACCAUUAUUUUCGCCCAAAAAUUUGCCCAAAAAUAGCGUCGCGUUUUUUCUUCAAAAUAGUCCAGAAAAGGCGACGCUAAUUAUGAUCGUUCCUAAUCCCUUCUCCAGAGGAACGAUUUUUGCUAUACGAAAUUUCCAUAACACUUUUAGUUAUAAUUGUAUCUUUGAUGGCAAUCAAUGUGUUCAAUGUGAACAGCAGUAUUCUACGCUUUUCGUAGUCUUCGGAUAAAAUAUCGAUAUACGUAUACACAAACGCUGAGAGGAACGUUAAGCUGGUUUAACCAAGUCUUUAGUUGAAUCGGAUAAACAUUUCUUUCGGUGCACGAGUGAUUUAAAUCGCACUUUUGAGAGAGAAUUGAGUAUUAAUAUUAAUUAAUACUGACGUUCUACCCGCGUGAUAUAAAAUUAUUCGCUAUGUGGUAAAAAGGGGUGUAUAUCAAAGAGAGGGCGAAGGAGCAAGUCGCUUCGUUUUAAUGUACCGCAUAGAAAGAUUAAUAGAAAAACGUUCCCGUAGA